GUUAUACGAGCAUCACACCGUGUAAACAUUGACGGUACGAUCGAGCCGAUGCAAAACUUGAAAUGUCAUAGAAAAAAAUAAAACGAAUCGGAACACGCGAUACGGAAUCAAAAGCACGUCGAGACGGUUCCUGGAAUUCCAAAGACCUUUACCGUCGCGUAUAUAUAAGCAACUAGCAUCGCCAUCUUAUUAUUUUCAUACGUAGUUUCGUAUAGAUGUUGUUGUUCUAAGCUCAGUGCGAUUAGAUCACAUCGUGUAAUUGACGGGUCGGACCAGGAGAGUCAUACGACUGCGCAACAUCGAUUCAUUUUUCAAGUUCUGUUUACAAGGCCGUUGCAACUGCGAUACAUGGCGUAUUAUUCGGGGCUUCGUAAUGAAUCUUGAGGUUCACAAUCUCGAAUUGGUGUCGGAAAGAUUCAAAAAUAGUGACAAUGCUUCAAAACGCCUACGAGCUUUUUCUCUCUGGCCCCAAUUCGUAUCGACUUGAUGUAUUUCCACCUUUUCCCUUCGAGCUUGGAAGUAUGCGGAGCACGUGGCGAGACAGAGAUCGGGACUUCCGAAAACCUUUGGUCGACGGGGAGACGACGUUCGCUCAACUGAUCAUGGCGCUCCAUGACGAACAACCGAUUCGGUACAAACCGCUGCCGGGAUUCGACUCGGAUUACGAUAGCCCCGAAUAUCGACGGUUGCAACAAACUAUCAAUUGCGACGAAGUCUAUCCCGGGAUAUUCAUCGGCGAUGAAUCCACCGCGAAGAAUAAAAACUAUUUGGCUCGAAUCGGAAUAACGCACGUACUGAAUGCCGCCGAGGGCAAUCGUUUCGGGUGCGUUAACACCAACGAGCACUUCUACAGAGGCACAAACAUCAAGUACUGUGGAUUACAACUCACGGAUUUGCCGAGCACCGAUAUAAGCAAAUAUUUUUACACGGCUGCUGCAUUCAUCGAGGAUGCGCUCAAAAACGGAGGCCGAGUACUCGUACACUGCGUGAUGGGUAUAUCGCGCAGCGCAACUUGUGUCAUUGCGUAUUUGAUGAUAAAGAAACACAUGAUGGCGGCUGACGCAAUAAGACUGAUCCGUCAAAGUCGUGCGAUUCAUCCGAACGAGGGUUUUCUUCGUCAGCUCGCUGCGCUCGACAAUCAGUUGCGGCGUUCGCGUUUGUAGAGUAAAUAAGAGGAGCCGCCAUUUUGUGGCAGCACAAGCGUGCGCUAUCGGCGAAAACAAACACUUGUAACAUCCGACUGCGAGUGGCGCGCGCGAUGCUCCGUACGCUCCGUAGUUCGCCAUUUCGCCGCAAGCGGCGCACCGCUUUUUCGUCAAAAAUUAUAUUUUCGAUAACCAAAAAAAGUAGUUACAUCAGUCCGCGAAACGAAAGUAAAUCUCGUGAGAAAAAGUAAUUGAAGAGAGCGGAGAAUUGUCUCUCAAUGAACAAUGAUCCAGCCAAAUUUGUUAACGUACAAUUUUUGUCGUGUCUCGUUUACGAUUUUUCUAUCAAAACUUUUGUACCUUGUAUCGAUGUUUGUUGAAAUACUUCUUGUACUUGCGAGAUUUUUUCAUUUUUACCCACGACAUAUAUCGCUGGAGCGAAGAAUUAGUUGGAGCGCAUCCUCGGCUGGUCCGCAGGCAUUUUAUAAAUUGUUCGAAGGAGAGCUAAAGAAAAGUCUCAUUAUUUUUCUUCCACAAAGUAAUCGAGGUUUUUCAAUAAAAUUUAUUUGUCCAAAUCUCCAGGAUUACUUACAAUUGAUCAGUGGUAGACGAGUGGCGUAUGUGAAACCUCAUUUUAGACACUGAUCUUAUAAAUGCAUAAUAUUUAUUGCAAAGUACACGGGUGUUAUUUGCGAGAUCGGUUUAACCUACUGUAUUUCACUCGCGUUUUACAAUCUAAUCGAACCUUUUGGUUUGUCGUUAAUAUUUAACCUGUGAGUAUUAACUUUCCUUUCUGCAAACAGAGGCGUCAAGAUCGACUAAUUUCACUCAAUGUAACGACGCUGUGUCAAAUUAUUGGCGCAUGUAAUUUGUAGAACAUGAGAAAAAAAUCAAGUCACACGGACGCGUAAUUAUUAAUUUGAACCCUCGCAACUCGUUUUCUCCGACGUAAACCCACCUUCAAACUCGGUUCUGUGUCGAAAAUAAAUGAUAAAAUUGAACCGAGUUUAAACCGCAACGGAGAAAACGGCCGUUACUGUAAUUUUUUGUAGGAGAGGGUGCGUAAGUGAAAAACACAAAUAAAAUUCACAAUGGCUUAUUCUAAUAUA